GCAUGUUGGAGAAAAGUAGUCUGUUCAUUACGCGAGGGUAUAUUGGUGUGGGCGGAAAAACGAAGGGCAUGCCUUGAAAUUGGUCAUUCCUGAUUUGAAGGACAAACUGAGUUCCAGCCCCCGCCAUAUACUACGCUGUACAGAGAGAGCCAACAAGAGCGAGAGAGAACGAGUGCGACAGAGAGGAGGGGUGAAGGCAGGAACAGAUGGGGGUCUCUAGGGGGUGGACCAGGCACCGAGGAAAGUUCGUUAACACGUAGGCUACAGUCCAUUUUUAAUAAGUAGCCUAACCUAUAUAGCCUAACGAGUUCUAACGGUGGUCGGACGGAGUACAUACAUUCGCUGUACAAUGUAUGCGGGUCUGGGGAAUUUCAGAUUAGCUGCAAAAGCUACUGGACGCUGAUCUAACACAAACACACACACCAGGAUGACUGUGAAACCGUGUUCUCCAGGGACGAAACAGCACAGCGCUUGAGGUAGGGCGGAAGAGUCGGACUGUUGGAGUAUUUAGCAGUGGUGUAAUGGGGUGUAUCAUGGCUAACGGCGGAGACCGGUUCUCAAUCCCAGAGCGCGUAGACAUUGAUACGGACUCACCCAAAGAGAACCUACGGGAGAAUCACACUCCACCGUCACCGCAAACCACGUGCACACCGCAGGGUAUGGAGGGGAUAAAAGUAUAUCUACACGAACAGGAGUUGUGGGAGAAAUUCCACGAAGUCGGUACGGAGAUGAUCAUCACUAAAGCCGGGAGGAGGAUGUUUCCCUGCUACAAGGUGAAGGUGACAGGCCUCAAUCCUAAAGCAAAGUAUAUCCUGCUCAUGGAUGUUGUGCCCGCGGAUGACCACCGCUACAAGUUUGCUGAUAAUAAAUGGUCUGUGACAGGGAAGGCAGAGCCAGCCAUGCCAGGGAGGUUGUAUCUCCAUCCUGACUCGCCGGCCACGGGAAACCACUGGACACGCCAGCUUGUCUCCUUCCAGAAACUCAAACUCACCAACAACCAUCUGGAUCCCUUUGGACACAUCAUAUUAAACUCCAUGCAUAAAUACCAGCCACGCCUCCACAUCGUCAAAGCAGAUGAACACAAUGGGUUUGGUUCGAAAAACACUGCCUUCUGCACACAUCUGUUCUCAGAGACCGCUUUCAUCGCUGUGACGUCUUACCAGAACCAUAAGAUUACCCAGCUUAAGAUAGAGAACAACCCAUUUGCUAAAGGCUUCAGGGGAAGUGAUGAUAUGGAGCUGCAUCGCAUGGCAAAGAUACAGGGUAAAGAGUAUCCAGUGGUUCCUCGUAGCUCAGUGCGUCAGAGGGUGUGUCCUACUGGGAGUCUAUUUGGGGGGGGGGCAAGGGGCGGCUUGCACCCUUAUUCCUGUGAGAAUGGGGUCACCAGCACCACACAGGACCUUGUCGCUUCCCCUCCAGCCCACUACUCCCUCCCUCAACCAGACCCACAAGAACACGUGCAGGUCUACCACAGCAACAAGAGGAAAGCAGACGAUAGCUGUCCGGCAGAGGAGCAUCACCUGUACAGAAAGCCCUACACUGACAGUUCGCCCAGCGAGGAUGAGUCUUACUAUCACCCGCCUGCUUACUCCCCUCCUCCUCUCCAUCCCUCUGUCCAACCGCCUCACACUGGCCUCGCUGACUCCGCCUACAGGUCAGAGGCGGGGGUGCGGCAGCCGUGUAUGUUUGCUGGCUCAGAACCCAGACUGGAUGAGCUCAGCUGUACAACCUGGUCCUACAGCUGCCCUUUGACUCCAGCCAUGACCCCUACUGAACCCUACACAACUUUCUCUCACCAGCCCUAUUGCUCUAGUCCCCAGAACUCUCAGCUGAGCUCCAUAGCCCACCAGGGAUCUCCUCCUCUGGGGGACUCUCUCUCUCACAGCCCCUACCAGACCCAGAGCUCCGGACCGUACCAGACACCCCAACACCCCAGCCCACCCUUUAGAGAGUACCACCGCUACCCUGCCUCCUUGUCUCCUCCUCAUUACCUUACCCUUCACACACACAAUAGGGGAGGGGUCCCCGAGUGGAGUGAGCCCACCUGAUUGGACUACAGACGUAACAGAAAGACUUUAUUAGAGGGCUGGGUGUGUAUUUAUGGGAGAUGUUGUCCUUUGAUGUGUGAAGAAAUUUAGUUGGACAACUGUCUCUUUCCCUGUGCUUGGAUUGGAUAAGGAGCAUUUCAUUUCUACCCUCUGUGACUGGGUCUGCUCUGGAAAGAAGUUAUUAUUUUAGCUGAACCUGGUGGAUAAUCAACUACCACACAGGGAGCUUCAUCCCUGUUUAAAUAUAGUAUGAGUUCUGUCUGUUUCCCUGUCAACCCAACAUACACAGCUAUGUUUCUAAUCUGUUUGUGUGUGUGUGUGUGUGUGUGUGUGUGUGUCAGCUCACCUCAACACAGCACUGCCAUGAGUUAAUGUCGGCUGAGAGGGGCUGCAGUGGCCACAGGCAGAGCACAACAGAGAUACAGUUUAUCCAUGCUGACAGGGACGAAGACCUUUGACACACACACACACACAGAGAGAGAGAGCUUGUUUAGAAGCUUUGGUGGGGCAAAAGACCUGUACACACACACAUUGCAUUUGGGUACUUGCAUCAUUCAUGCAGCUUUUACUGCCCCCACGUUUACCCCGAUCUGACCAAAAAAACACUAUAUGUUUCUCUGAAGUGGAUGAUUAAAAUGUUCUGUUUCCCUGAACUGACCAAUCAACAUUCUCUGUUUCUCUGAACUAGCCAAUCAAUCAACACUCUACCACAAGCUGAAUGACCAACACUCCAUCUACACUCAAUUUUGCGUCCAUGAGAGGCUCUCUGCCUCUCUCUCUGCCUCUCUCUCGCUCUCUCUCUGCCUCUCUCUCUCUGCCUCUCUCUCUGCCUCUCUCUCGCUCUCUCUCUGCCUCUCUCUCUCUAUGCCUCUAUCUGUCUCAUCUGUUUUUAGCCAUCCACUCAAGUCAUUAGAAGGGAGUGAAACCUACACUGUUAUCCUGUUCCUCCUCCUCAUAGGCCUCAUAUGAUUAUUAUUUCCUAUAUAUUGUUUUAUUUCCAGUGAGAGUGAGUGGGUGCGUUACCUGGUGAUGGCCUUGUUUUUUGCACUAACAUAGGAAGUGUUCCUAUUGGUUUUGAGUGUGUGUGGAUGUGUGUGUGUGGUUUUGUGUGUUUGUGCAUGUGUGGAUGUGUGUGUGUGGGCGUGUGUGGUUUUGUGUGUGUGGGUGUGUGU